AAUAUUUUCUUUACGCAAAGCUAAGCCUGCCAAAUAAGUAUUAUGUCUGCUUUUAAGCAUUGCUAGCGCGAGCAUUUUUUUUUUUUUCCGCGAUGUAUGUGUACAAUUUGUUGUCGUCUACGGUGGAUCGUCGUCGUCUGUGUCAUGUGCCAUCGGUAACUUCGAUGUGCAAGCGGCCGUAGCGCAGCUUUUGGAGCGCAGUGGCCAUGGGUUCCCAGCUGAGCUCGGAGGUGAUGGGAGCCUUUCGGCAGUCUCAGGUGUUUGGUGAGAUCACCACACUCACAUUCGAGCGCUUCCAGGCCAAAGUGGAUGAGCUGAAUGAUAUAUGCCAGUACCUGAUGGACACGAAGAACCGCCGCCUUGUGUUUGAAGUGCACAGCACAUCCGAGACACCUGUGCUGUGGAAGAGCGAGGUCCGCAUCCGCUGCCACAGGGUUGGCUCGGGUGAAGCUCGGCUGCUGACCUUGCGGCAGUUCUUGCACACGUACCACACCAUCAAGGCCUACUAUUCGGCUGCGGCCUCUGGUGGAGCUGCCCUUCAGGGCAACAUGUGUGCCUCCACCUUGUUCACUGGCGUCCUUGGUACUACCACUGAUCUGGAGGAGUGCUGCAUCUGCAUGGAACACAGGCCAGAAGUGACCCUGCCCUGCACACACAGCUACUGCCUGCGAUGCAUCGAGCAGUGGAAUGUGUCCAACACAACGUGUCCCCUGUGCCGGGAGGAGUUUGAGAGCACCAAGGAAACCUGGGUCAUCUCGGAGGCUCCAGAGUCGUCCGAGGUGCUGAGUGAAAUGCAGAAGGCGCUCUCCCAGCUGCCUGAACAGAAGGGCAGCCCGUCAGCACGAUGAGCUCAGUCGGGAGGGUUGCUUACACGGAACUGCCUUCUGCAAGAAUACACAUUGUUAUUAUUUGCAACA